GCCUUGAGAGGCCGGCUGGGUGAGGGCUUCCUAGUGAGGGAGGGGGAGGCGGAAAUGGAGGGGCUCCGCGCAUGCCUUCGCCCCUGACACCGAGCCCGCUGGAGAGCGCGUUGGGCGGAGCCGGGGGCGGCGGUCGCCGGGGAGAUCGAGGCCCUGGGUUCGACCCCGAGCUGGAGCGGGGUCCCGGAGGCCCGCUAACCCGCCGGUGUUUGUAUGUGCCCUCGCAGGGAGACAUGGAGAACUGUUUGGCGGCCGCGGCGCUGAACGGGGUGGACCGACGUUCCCUGCAACGCUCGGCUAGGCUGGGUCAAGAAGUGCUGGAGCGGGCCAAAAGGAGGGCGGUGGACUGGCAUUCGGUGGAGCUUCCCACAGGCAGCGUGGGGGUCAUUUCCCGGGAGCGGCCCUACAGAGAAAGAGGGCCGGCAGCCGGCCCCCAUCGCCUUCUCCCAGGAGAGAGAGAAGAAAGACACCCAACCCUCAGUGCUUCCUUCAGAACAAUGGCUGAAUUCAUGGACUAUACUUCAAGUCAGUGUGGGAAAUAUUAUUCAUCUGUGCCAGAGGAAGGAGGGGCAACCCACGUCUAUCGUUAUCACAGAGGGAAGUCGAAGCUGCACUUGUGCUCGGACACUGGGAAUGGUCAGAGACAAGACACCCCCCUUGGUGUCGGAGGCAUCCGUCAGGCAUCAGAGUGUGCACUAGAGGCAUCCCAGCCUGUGAGUACAGAGCUUCUAGGGUACUGGGCUCCACCACCACUGCAAUUCCAUGAACUGAUCUGGUUACUAUCGGGUUCUUUGUACUGGAUCUAUAGUAUUUUUAAGUUGGAAUAUUUUUACCCUUGGGGACAGUGUACAACAUUUUAGUUCAGUGUAAAAUUAUGUUUUCUUGGUAUCCUUCCUUCACUUGAAAUUUCAGGGAUACUCUUUGUGCCUGAACUCAUAGUUGCGGUUGGAAAGAAUGCAAAGUAUUCAUAUCUCCAUUCCUACAGCUCAGCUGGGCUGGCACUGGGUCCUGUUGGAAUUCCACCAUCUGUUCAAGCAGCAGGAGGGGCCUGACCCUCCUGCUUACAAAGUGAAAACCAUCGCUGAAAUUCUGCAGCGUAUACAUUUGGUUAGAUCAGGUUCCAAAACAUUUGAAGAGAUUUGUUCCUAUUUUCCGCACAUGUUUCUCUGUGAAAACAUACAGUGAUGUUUUUAGGAUAAAAUACUCAUUAGUUCAUGAACCCAGGGAAUCUUUUGGAACUUGGAAGGGCUGGAAUUCUGAGGAAUGGAACUCUGGUGUGUUGCUGCAAUAGUUUGCUUAAUUUUUGUUUGUAUACAGUGUGCUACUAGCCAGGAUUCAGAAUAUACUAGAGUUAGUAGCAACUAAGACUAUUCUGCUUUUAGUACAAGUUGUUAGGCUUAGAUGCCUCCAAUACUUACUGUAUUUUGGUAAUGCUAAUCUUCCUGAUGUUCACAGUGUUGGAAUCACAGAUGCCAAUCUUGCCCCUUUUAUGCAGACAAUUGAAGCAUCCUUGGCUUUCUGCAAUUCUGAUAAAGCUGUAUUUUCUGAAACCUCCUUUUGUUUAUUUUCAUAGUUGAUGACCAGUAAAUAGUUGUGGCAUUGUCAUACACAUUCACGUCAGUUAAAUGAUGAUAAGCCUCCAAUUUUGCAGUAACUGGGCAUGAAAGGAUAUAGCAUAAAGCAGCUUCGGAAAACCUUGGCUUCAAAUCUAUUUGCAAGAUGGAAAGAGAGGAAGUUUCAUAAAAGUAUAAAUAUUAUCAUUUAUUCCUCCUAGCAGAAUUUACUGGCCAGUAGUUUGGUCCACCUGCCCCCCGCCCCCAGGGGUGAUGUAGAAAUGACAGCUUCUGCCUGUGGCUCCU